CGAAAACCGGCGACGUAACCAAAAUUCCUAAGUAAGUCACUAAAACAGCACACGUCAACGUCAUCUUCGUCUGUGUGUCUUCUGGGUGUAAUGUCAACAUACAAUUAACAGAAUUAGCUUUAAAUACGUUAAAUUGUCUCUAGCAAAUCGUUCGCUAUGGUGCUAAUAGCAGCAGCGGUAUGCACCAAAGCAGGGAAAACAAUUGUCUCUCGCCAGUUCGUGGAAAUGACGAAAGCUCGAAUAGAGGGCCUCCUGGCCGCGUUUCCCAAACUGAUACCGUCGGGAACGCAGCACACGUUCGUCGAGACCGACUCCGUUAGGUACGUCUACCAGCCCCUCGAAAGGUUGUACAUGCUGCUAAUUACGACCCGAGCCAGUAACAUCCUCGAGGACCUGGAGACGCUACGUCUAUUUGCGCGUGUCAUUCCCGAGUACUGUAGAUCGCUGGAGGAGACCGAAAUAGUCGAAAACGCGUUCAAUCUAAUAUUCGCCUUCGACGAGAUCGUCGCGCUCGGUUACAGGGAGAGCGUGAACCUGUCGCAGAUACGGACGUUCGUCGAGAUGGACUCGCACGAGGAGAAGGUGUACCAGGCGGUGCGGCAGUCGCAGGAGCGCGAGGCGAAGAACAAGAUGCGCGAGAAGGCGAAGGAGUUGCAGAGACAGCGCAUGGAGGCGGCGAAAAAGGGCGGCAAGCCGGCGUUCGGCGGCUCGAGCGGCGGUUUCGGAAGUUCCGCGUUGUACACGCCCGCGCCGUCCGUCGGCGACAUGGCGAAUAUUAGUAACGACAUUAAGCCACCCUCGUAUACUAGCGUUCAGAAACAACUGCCGACGCGCGCCAUGAAGUUGGGUAGCAAAGGAAAGGACGUCGAGUCGUUCGUCGAUCAGCUGAAGUCGGAAGGGGAGAGCGUCACUGCCGUCAAUAACGUAUCGCAAGCUAGCCACAAGUCGAUCGCCAUCAAGCCGGAAAUCGACGGGGUGUACCUUAAGCAAGAGGAGAAGUUGAUAGUGCGAAUGGGACGCGACGGCGGCGUUCAGCAGUUCGAAUUAUCCGGCCUUAUUACGUUACACAUUAGCGACGAGAAGUGGGGACGGAUUCGGGUACAGCUCAAAAAUCAAGAUUCGCACGGCGUGCAGCUGCAGACGCAUCCGAAUGUGGACAAGGAAUUAUUUAAGUCGCGCUCUCAAAUCGGUUUGAAGCAGCCAAAUAAGCCAUUCCCCCUUAACACAGACGUCGGCGUACUAAAAUGGCGCCUACAGGGAACGGACGAGGCGUUCGUGCCGCUUCUGAUCAACUGCUGGCCGUCGGAAACGGGCGAUGGCGGCUGCGACGUAAACAUCGAGUACGAACUGACGCAUUUGGAUCUCGAGCUGGUCGACGUUAACAUUUGCAUUCCAUUGCCGAUUGGAUGUACGCCGAUCGUCGGCGAGUGCGACGGCACCUACUCGCACGAGUCCAAACGAAAUCAGCUGGUGUGGUCGCUGCCGCUUAUCGACGCGAGCAACAAGAGCGGUUCCUUUGAGUUUUCCGCGCCGCGGGCCAUACCCAACGACUUUUUCCCGCUCAACGUGAUGUUCAAUUCGAAAUCUACGUACGCACAGAUUCAGAUCACCGAAGUCUUGCUAGUCGACGACGAGUCCGCCGUUAAGCAUACAGUCGAUACGAUGCUCUUUCCGGAUAAGUACGAAAUUGUGUAACAGUGUCUUAUGGCGUAGUGAGCUGUAUAAAAAAAUUAUUUUGUACAAAAUAUUCAAAUUCCUCUCCGUCUUGUUUUAAACAUAUUUUCUUAUAACUUGUACAUACAGCUAAACACUAUCUCUAAGGUGUAUUAACCUUGCUUAGUCCUAUUUAGGUGUAAUUUAGUUUAUUUUUAGUGCGUUAACGGCGAUAGAGCAAGGUUGCCAAACUGUUAAGAAAGCACUAACCGAACCAUUUUAUUUUAAUCACUUUUCUAAUGUUAUGCUUUUUUGUAAGAAUACAGGUGUAUAUUAUAAAACAGAUAUUUUUGAGAA